GGCGCUCCACCGGCUGCAGGAGAACAUGCGCCGUGCAGCACACUGAGACAGUCACUGAGAGACAUCAGAGUGCGCCGGGUACACAGAGACAGCGGGGGAUCCCUGGAGAACACUACACUGAGAGGGACUGACACAUACAACAGGAGACUACCAGAGACAGACACUAAAAGAGAGAGAGGCAUUACAGAAAGAGACUGCAUGAACAGGCCCAGCUGAGAGACUGCUGCAUGCAAAUAGGAGACGGCCAGAGACAGAUCCUAGGUCAGAGACUGAUGCCUACAAACAGAAAGAGACAGGUCCAAGUCAGAGACUGCUGCAUGUAAAUAGGGAGAGACUGCUAGAAACAAACCCAGGUGAGAGACUGCUGCAUGCAAAUAGGAGACAGCCAGAGAUAGAACCAGGUAAGAGACUGCUGCAUGCAAAUAAGGACAGAACCAGGUAAGAGACUGCUGCAUGCAAAUAGAGACAGAGACUGCUGCAUGCAAAUAAGAGACAGCCAGAGACAGGUAAGAGACUGCUGCAUGCAAAUAGAGACAGGUCAGAAACUGCUGCAUGCAAAUAGAGACAGACAGGUCAGAGACUGCUGCUUGCAAAUAGAAAGAGACACCUAGAGACCGACCCAAGUCAGAGACUGCUGUAUGUAAGCAGAGAGACAGCCACAGACAGACACGAGCAACUGUGGGAGCUGAAGAACUUUUGCAUUAAAGAAAGAGACUGCAUGACCUCUAGAGACUGCUGUAUGUAAACAGAGAGAGACAGCUAGAGACUGCCUGACACACUAUACAGAGAAACUCUGAGUACACCAUGAGAGACUCCCAGACUGUCUCCCCUACAGAGAGAGUGACCUGCUGAUAUACACAAAGCCUGAGAGACUGCAGGGACAUAAGAGGUAUUCGACCCCUUUUGGAAGAAUGGCAGCACUAGGAAGUUACUGUGAACACAAUGGUAGCGUGUCCCAGGCGUGGCUGGACCAUGGACUGUCUCCCUGUUUUUAUUUCACCCUGGUCCCGUCUGUUCUUCUCUGCUUUUCUUUUCUUCUGGGGACUCUACAGUCGGUCUUCUACGUCAAGCAUAGCCGGGCGAUGGAGCCCAAGUACGUCCCCAAGUCACGACUUUACCGCCUGCAACUCUUACUGACCAUAGUGUUCAUGGCCCAGGCUCUGGGAGGUCUGAUCUGGCAGUCUGCAGGGACUGAGGUCUUGUAUGGGUACAUGAUUGUAUACGGCUGCCUCUCCGUGGGGGCUUGGGGCUUCAGUAUCUGGCUGCUUCAUUUGGAGCGUACGAGGGCCCUGGAGCGAGAGCGGAGCAGGGGCCACGGAGUGGUGCUGCUUCUCUUCUGGGCACUGGCCUUUGCUGCCGAAAACCUGGCGUUCAUAUCGUGGAUGAGCCCGCAUUGGUGGUGGACAUCGAUGGACAAUGUGUCACAAAAGGUGCAGUUUGGCUUGUGGAUUCUACGAUACCUCUGCACUUUGUUCCUUUUCAUGCUGGGAUUUCUAGCCCCCGGACGGCCACACAAGCCGUACAUUCUGCUUAUCAAUGAAGAUGAAAGAGAUAUUGAGCAUACACAGCCUCUCCUGAGAAACGAAAAUGAAUCCACCUGGCAGGGUUUCUGGAAUAAGGUCCGUCUUCUUCUACCGUACAUGUGGCCCCGAAGAAAUGUUCUGCUGCAACUUGUGGUUCUCCUCUGCAUGGGACUGAUGGGACUGGAGAGGGUCAUCAAUGUCUUUGUCCCCAUUUACUAUAAGAAUAUAGUGAACCAGCUGACUGAUGGCUCCGCGUGGCACUCGCUGGCAUUGACGGUCUGCAUAUAUGUGCUGCUCAAGCUGCUGCAAGGUGGAGGAGCAGGCGCGACAGGAUUUGUCAGCAACCUGCGAACCUUCCUGUGGAUCCGAGUGCAGCAGUUUACCAACCGCGAGGUGCAGAUCCGCCUCUUCGCCCACCUGCACUCUCUUUCUCUCCGAUGGCAUCUUGGGCGUAAAACGGGCGAAGUGUUACGCAGUGUAGACAGAGGAACCAGCAGCAUCAAUAGUCUCUUGAGUUACAUUGUAUUCAGUAUCCUCCCCACCAUCGCGGAUAUCAUUAUCGGCAUCAUCUAUUUUACUUCUUCUUUCAACGCCUGGUUUGGGCUGAUCAUUUUCGUCUGCAUGACUUUAUACCUGACCCUGACCAUCAUCAUCACUGAAUGGAGAACAAAGUACCGCCGGCAGAUGAACACCAGCGACAAUGAGGCCAAAUCCCGAGCUGUGGAUUCAUUGCUGAACUUUGAAACGGUGAAGUACUACAAUGCCGAGUCUUAUGAAGUGAACCGGUUCAACGAAGCUAUAGUGAAGUACCAGGUAUCGGAGUGGAAGGUUAACGCUACCCUGGCGUUCCUAAAUCAGACCCAGAACCUCAUCAUUGGUCUGGGGCUCCUGGCCGGGUCUCUGCUCUGCGCCUACUUUGUCACAGAGGGCAAGUUCAAGGUUGGUGACUAUGUGUUGUUUGGAACCUACAUUAUCCAGCUCUAUACUCCUCUUAACUGGUUCGGCACCUACUACAGGAUGAUUCAGAAUUCCUUCAUUGACAUGGAGAACAUGUUUGAGCUGUUUAAUGAAGACCAUGAGGUGAAGGAUGCGGUGAACGCCCCGGGCCUGAGGUUCAGAUUCGGAAAGAUAGAGUUCGAGAAUGUUCAUUUCAGCUACACAGAUGGGAGGGAGAUUCUACGUGACGUCUCUUUCACUGUGAUGCCGGGGCAGACAGUCGCACUGGUGGGACCUUCUGGCUCUGGAAAAAGCACCAUCAUACGGCUGCUCUUCCGUUUCUAUGAUGUCAAAGGCGGCGCAAUCCAGAUAGAUGGGCAAGACAUCUCCUCAGUCUUGCAGGCAUCUCUUCGCUCCCAUAUUGGUGUAGUUCCCCAGGACACCGUACUGUUUAAUGACACCAUCCGCAACAAUAUCCGCUAUGGCCGAGUCACCGCCACAGAUGAAGAGGUGGAGCAGGCAGCCAUGGCAGCUGAUAUCCAUGAUCGCAUCCUGACUUUCCGUGAUGGUUAUGAAACACAGGUCGGGGAACGAGGUCUAAAGCUGAGCGGCGGAGAGAAGCAGCGAGUCGCCAUUGCGCGAACCAUCCUAAAAGCCCCACAGAUUGUCCUGCUAGACGAGGCUACUUCUGCCCUAGAUACAGAAACUGAGCGGAACAUCCAGGCGUCUUUAGCCAAAGUCUGCGCUAACCGCACUACUAUUGUGGUGGCCCAUAGACUGUCCACAGUAAUCAGUGCAGAUCAAAUCCUGGUUCUGAAGGAAGGACAGAUCGUAGAAAGAGGGAGACACGACGAGCUGCUCGCCAAAGGAGGCGUCUACGCCGGAAUGUGGCAGAAACAGCAGAGCGGCCACGAGUCGUCAUCCGACUCAGAGUCUGAAAGAAAGGAUCGGGCGUCAGAGAAACUACAGCAACCGAAACCGGCGCUGAGGAAACCGCAUUAGACCGGACACGGACAUCACCGUCGUGGACAAUGCCGGCGGCCGCAACCAAAUCGUUCUCCCUCCUCUUCGUCAUUCUGGGGGGGGGCGGGGGGAAGUGACCGGAUUGAAUAUUAUAGGACGCUACAAAUAUUCUUCCCCCUAUGGAGCAGAGCUUAACAUUUUUAGGAAAUUCUCUCAGGUUUUUGACCAUAGAAAUGAAUGCAGGCGCCACGUGUAAAGGGACACGGAAAACCUCAAGAUGAAUGUAAGCUAUUGUCCUCUGUUAUCUACCACUACAGCAUUCUUCACUGAAAAGACGGACUGCCCCCCAUGAUCGCUGCUCUGACAUGUCUCCACUACCAGACGGAUCUACAUCAUAUGUAUUAGCCGCUCCAUUAUUAUAAGCUGCCCUGCCCCUAGUGGCCCUUUAAUGUAACUGCAGCUCUAAAGCACACCGCCACUCGAAACGUAAGAAUGGCGCUAAGCUCGGUUUCCCUGUCCCAAGUUACAACUAUAGGGGAACAGGAAGCUGAGUUGUUGGAUGCUGUAUGCUAUUCAGUGACAUAGUAAAGGCUGUAAAGCAGUGUUUCCCAGCUGGUGUGCCUCCAGCUGUUGCAAAACUACAACUCCCAGCAUGCCUGGACAGCAAAAAAUCAGUGUUUUUCAAACCUGUGUGUCUCCAGCUGUUGCUAAAAUACAACUCCCAGCAUCCCAGGUGAGCCAAAGGUCAGUGUUUCCCAAACUAUGUGCCCCCAGCUGUUGCAAAGCUACAACUCCCAGCAUCCUAGGCGAGCCAAAGGUCAGGGUUUCCCAACCCAUGUGCCUCAAGCUAUUGCAAAACUACAACUCCCA